GGUUUGCUAAUUCACAGCUUCCUUUUUUAACUCAGCAGAUGCAGGAGAAGGAGCCUAAUGUCUUGGCGUGAACUUCUUCCCCCUUGCCUAGUUAUUGUAGCUGGGCUAACUGGGAUCCUGCUGCUUUGUGUCUCUACUAAAAUUGUCAAGAUCCCCCCUAGGAGCAAGUAUGGCAUUGUUCUGGAUGCUGGGCCAUCCCACACUACCCUUUUCAUAUACCAGUGGUCAGCCAAGAAGGAGAAUAACACUGGGGUGGUCAGUGAACACAGCACCUGUACUGUGCAAGGCCCUGGAAUCUCUAACUACUCAACAUGCCCUCAAGAAGCUGGAAACAGCCUAAAGGCAUGCCUGAAACAAGCAAUGGAGGCAAUUCCGGAGCAACAGCACAGCCAAACCCCUGUCUACCUGGGAGCAACUGCUAGCAUGAGGCUGCUUAAUCUCACCAACCCUGCGCUCUCUGAUGCUCUUCUAGCUGCUGUGACCUCCACACUGAAGUCAUACCCCUUUAACUUCUGGGGGGUAAAAAUACUGUCCAGUCAAAAGGAAGGAGUGUUCCUGUGGGCUGCUGUUAACUAUCUCCUGGAAAACUUCAUCAAGUAUGCAUGGACAGGACACUGGAUCCAUUCCAGAAAAGGAACGGUAGGAGUCAUGACCCUAAGAAGAGACUCCUUACAGAUGACUUUCAUGUUGAAAGGAGAAAGCCAAGAUCCUGAGAAGGAGGUGAUGCUACAGCUGUAUGGGCACACAUACAAGGUCAACACCCAUAGCUUUCUGUGCUAUGGCAGGGACCAGGUCCUUAAGAGGCUGCUUUUGAAAGUUGUACAAGACCAGGGCUAUGCAAGAAAUGCAUCUAACCCCUGCUGGCCUCUUUCCUACUCCCAUGAAGUUCUGCUUCAUUCUGCGCAUGCUGACCCCUGCACUGCCAGUGACGGUCCUUUAAGCAUACCUGCCCAUGAGAACACGUUUCACAUCACUGGCUCCAGUAAUUCUUCUGCCUGCCGGAGACUUGUGGGAAAGUUGUUUAAUUCGUCUUCCUUCUGCAGCUUUUCAGAUUGCCCUCCAAAUGGAGCUUACAAGCCUAGUGGAACUAAAUUUCUGGUAAUUUCUGAGAUGUUGAAUUUCCUGAAGGAGAUGGCACCCUAUACUGACUUGGGCCAAGCAACUGACUUACUUUGUGGGAUGUCUAAGAAAGAGCUGAAUGAGAAGUUCAAGGAAAGGCCAAACAUGUUUGCUGACUACUGUACCCUAUCCACUUUUAUCUACCAUCUACAUGCAAUGGGAUACCAGUUUGACUUGGACAGUUCUGGCCAGACUGCAUUCCAGAUCAGUGAUAUGUCAGCUGGCUGGGCUCUUGGGUACAUGCUGAAUCUGACCAACACCAUCCCUGAAGAUGAGCUAAUCCUUCUGAAAGGGAUUGAAAAUGGGGUUUGGUCAUUACUCCUCAUCCUUUUGGUUCUGCUGCUCACUGGCUCCUUCAUGCGCAUUUCAUACCGAGUGGUGGUAAAGGAUGAUGCGCACCUGGAGAGAUGAAGGACUCCUCCAUGAGAUUCCAGUGACCUGGGAGGUUAUUUCAAUCUGCUAACAGGCUGCAGGAUUGUAAAUAGAGACAGGGGACCUUGUUCUGCAGGAGAUCUCAGAUCCAGACAUGUAGCAAGCUAGCUGCUAUCCUACACCAGUGGAAGAAGAGAAGCUGCAUAGCUGUUGUCCAAAGCUCUUUAUUGUCCAUUCCCCCCCCCUCCCCAGUCACCUCACCAAAAGGCAAAGAAUGAGAAGGGACUUUCAGAAUUCAGGGCAAGAAGGGAAUUCUGUCAGCCGGGCCUCCUCACUGGACCAAUCAUACUAUAAAUUCUUACAUGGAUGCCAUAGAAAGUUCCUGGUAAGUAGCCCUGAUUGCUGUGAACGCAUUGGUAGACAGUUUCCUCUGGAGCUGUGAAGGCAGAUCUGAGUGGAAAGGGCUCUAUUCUCAGUCACUCCUAGAGCAGCCAUAGGGUGUCUUGCUGGAAAUCAGUUACUCUCUAUUUACAACUUUUUAACUGGUCCAUCUGAACCAGUUGGAAAUCUGUAAAUGACAGGAAACUGGUCUUGAGUUCUUUGGAGAAUCUGACCCAUCAAUGCCAAGCAGAACCAUUUUGGUUUUGUAUGAGAACAAGUCUUAAAUUGUCUGUACGAAAUGCUGAUGAAAUGUUAGCCGGCGCAAGGGAACAUCAGAUUAGGACUGAGGUAUUCUGAAAACAGCCAUAAUGUAAUUGCAAUUGGCUUUUGAUGUUCUGGUUAGGAAAGCAGUUUAUUAGUCUUGGUAACAACAAUCCAUUUGUCUUCCAUCUUACUUUUAACAAUGAGUGUCCACACGAGUUGUCCUGGCAACCUAUUUUUUCUCAUAGGUAAGAAUCUUAAAAAAUAAAUGAUUUUUAUCAUCUUUAUUUGAAAAUAUUGCUAUUACUAAUUUUCAUCACGGUAUCACCUCAGGCUCCAGGGCCCAGCUGUGAUAGGUGCUGUACAUACACAUUUGAGUGCCAGUCUCUGUUCCAGGAUCUUCCAAGCUAGGAGGACAAUGCAAUGAAACAUGGUAGGGAAACUUGAGGGGUGAAGUUGUUUGCCCGAGGUUAUGCAGCAUGUCAAUGGCAGAACCAGGAAUAGCACUCAGGACUCUUGCUUCUGGUUCAGUGACUGGCCUGUUAGACCAUGAUUUUAAGUUACACAGUUGUCUACAUUUCCAACCAUGUACUUCUGGCCUGCCAUGUUGCUGCAACAUUCUUGGAAUACAGGGCUUCUGGGAAUGACGUCAUGUCAUUACUUAAUCGUUGCCUUUGAUGCUUUGCCAUCUUCUGUGAUGAUAACCUUUGUUUGGUAACACGAAUUCUGGGAACAUAGUAGUGGUAUAGGCACAACCCAGGACAUUUCAAACUGCUGCAGAAGGAUUAAAAGAGAAUCCCUCAAGUAAAGAAUGUAGGGUGCAAUUUCCAAAAAUGUCUCAGGACUUCAGAGCACAAGUUCCACUAAAAGUCAAUGGAACUAGUGCUUCUAAGUCACAUACAACCAGAUUUGCCUAAAGGUGUGGAGGAGUGGUUGACAGGAUAUUGGAAAGUGUCCUGGCUCACUUCUUUAAAGGGGAGUUUGGUACCUGGCACUUUUGAAAAUCCUACUAAACACCGAUUAGGUUCUUUUAGGUGCCUAAAUGCCUGUAAACAUAUGACCCUAAAGCACAUGAAAACAGAGCUUGACCCCUACAUCAUUCAGAUGCUUUCAGAACGAAUAUUGCUGUGUUUAUAAAUUCACAUAACAAGGCAGUUCAUGCAUUUCAGGGUAGCUAAGUAAGGGUCUGAAGCCCCUCAGGGGAGUUUGGAGAAGGAUAGGGAAGCAGAGUUAAAACGGAGUUAAAGCAGAGUUAAAACUUUGGCUAUAUAUUUUGAGCAGCAUAUUGGUUAUUUUUAACUGUAACAUUUCAUUAAAGUUAUUUUAAUAGGCAGCUUGUGCUAUUUACCACUGAUCAAUAUGGGUUUUUCUUUGUUGUUGAUACUUACAGUUUUUGUGAAGAAUGGGAACGAUUUCUAUCUUAUUUUUAUGAAUACUGCAUGCACCUGUGUUCAUGACUGUUAUGCUGUCUUUUGCCUGGAUUCAAAGAGCUAUCACCUGAAAGAGCUCUCUCUCCUUGGCAGGAAGGCUUAGGCCAGUGAUUCUCAGCCAG